CUUUUUCUCCUCCAUCCUCCACCAUUUGCCCCCACUUAAAGAGUCCCUCAAAGCGAAUCACUACUUCCUCUCAUCGAAUUCCACACCAAUCCCACACUCCUAAAAAACUCUCACAACCAUGAAGAACAAAACCACCACCACCACCGCCGCCGCCGCCGCUCUCCCCCUCCUAGCCAUCUCCUUGCUACUCAUCUCAACCAUCUCCCUCGCCUCGGCCCGGCCCGGCUCGUCCGGAUCGGAUCGCAAGUCCUCCAGGGGGAAGGGGGACGGGAGUGACGACGGGACCGGCGGGUUCUUCGGGCCUGGAAGCGGGUUCGGUGACAUUCCCGGGCUCGGGAAGGGGUGGGGCACCGGGGUCGGCGGCGGGUACGGGGCUGGCUACGGAGGGCCCGGCGGGGGGUACUCCAAGGGAGGCGUGAUCAGGCCCACCGUGGUGUGCAAGGACAAGGGGCCGUGCUACAAGAAGAAGCUGACGUGCCCGGCCAAGUGCUUCACCUCCUACAGCCACUCUGGGAAGGGAUAUGGCUCCGGAGGCGGCGGCGGCGGCUGCACGGUGGACUGCAAGAACAAAUGUAUCGCUUAUUGUUAAAAAUGAGCGAGGUAAGAAAUGUGUAAGAGAGAGGUUACCUAGUAUGACUCUCUCUAUAUAUGCUACAAUAUAUGUUACGUACGCGAUCAUUUUGGAUGCUGUUUUGUUAUGUAAGCAGCGUGGCUGAGAUCAGUUUCAUCUGUGGUGCUACUACUCUGGCCUUUGAAGGUUUAGCAAAAUAUGGUCACUAUCAAUAAAUGGUGUGCUAGCAUAUUAACA